GUUUAUUAAACGUCUUCAAAAACCAUCAGAAUCGCCGAUUAUUAUAUUUUCAAAGUCUGUAGCAGGGAAGUUUUCUGAGUUUGCUGUUAUUUUCUUUACCUCUGUUUCUUUUAACCUCUCUGACUUGCACAAAACUUUCGGUUGCGCGACGUUAACCAUUUUCCGUGAGUUACCUCCAAAAGGCCUUUUGCCAUCGUGAGAGCUGAAAAUGAGAGGGAGAGAGACAAGGCGAGAGUAAAACAAAUGUUUGCACUCUGAUCGCCAUCUUGGAUUUGGCCCACACUCAAAAUAAUCCACACGUUGAUGCUACCUGAAAAAUCACGUAACCCCGAUUUUCCCAUCGCUAGGCUCGUUUUACGUGACACACGUAAAAAUAAUGUGAAAGUGUACUGGCAAAAAAAUGUUUUCACGUUGAUGUUACGUGAAAACCCUUAUAGUAUUUUUCCACUAGGUUUUUUCAUGUAGCCUUUAUGUGUUUUGAAAUGUAACUUCAACGAGACUCGAGUGCGCCAUUCGGUCGAAAUUUCUACGUGAUUAUUUUAGUAUGAAAAUUGUUGGCGUACGGUGAAGACCUGCUGCCGAUCUUGUGCAAGUUAAAUGUCAUAAACGAAAACAACUACUGGACCCUGAAUUUUCGUAUCCGACGGCCGGUGACCUGAAGGACUCCUCGAAGACAACUUGGCAGUCUCGCCGUCGAUUUCAAUUCCGUCGGUGCCAUGGUUGGUGGUACUGUGGAUCUUGCCGCCACCAAAGGGGACAUAGCCAACAAGUUGUGGGCCAUUCCUGAGUGUGGUUCGAAGGAGUGCAACUACGGAUUGCACCACUUGUUCCAGGUCAAGGAGCUGGGGUUGUGUUCGCGUCGAAUAUGUUCCAAAACGCAAACCUCCCUAAAGUACCACAACUAUCUGCUACGUCAGGGUUAUUUCCGCCGCCAGAAGGUCAAGGCAGAAGACAACGACUUUGAAACGGGUUCCGGCCAUGCAGGUCAACGGAAUCGGCAAACUGCGCACGAACCCAUUAAACUCAAUCUUGGGAAGUCCGGAUGUGUUUAUCUGUUUGUUCCAAGAAAGUGAAACUAAUUUAUGUGUUAGUUUAU